GUGGAGGUUAGAGCCGACAGCCGAGGUCUCUCUCCGGCGCAGCUACAGCACGUGUGUGAUGAAAAUACAGUAGACGUAUUUAAAUAUGGCUGCCAUUUACUCUGGCAUUCAUCUGAAGCUGAAAAACCCUCGGACACCCUGGCCAGACAAAUUGAAACUUGCUCGAUUUGCAUGGAUUUCCACCCAAUGCCUUCUUACUAAUAAAGAGCAGGUUUUAUUUGACUGGACAAGCCAUGCGCUUGCAUGUUUUUACAACAAGAAAGUGGAGGUGCCUUUGGAGGUGGUGGAGGGUUUAUGGACCUACCUAGAUGAUAUCCUUCACAGCAAGAAACUUCGUAACAUGCUGAGUCAAGGAAAGACCAUUAACCUUCGUCCCACAGUAGCGCAGAUGAUCAAUGAGAGGAUUCUGGAAAGUACCUCAGGUCUCACCUCUGUGAGUCUUCACACUGUUCUGAGCUGUUGCAGUGGCAUCUUGACCUCUCCAGUUCUCUCUGUAACUUACACAGCCAACUACGAGCUGUUGGUGGAGCUCCUGUCUGGACUCUGCGGCUUGUCUAGCAUGAAACUAAAGCAGCAAAAAAGUGAACAGCCACUGUCGCUCAAAGUCUUUGAAGUUUUCCUCUUUGUUCUCAGCACAUACCUUACCAUUCAGAAACAGCAGGCAAACUCCAACAGAGUGUUUUGUCAAGUAACAGCAAACCUCCUUCAGCCUCUUUUGCUGCUGAGACACUUACUGAACACCAGGGUGUGGACCGAGCACGACGACAUUAAGAUUCGACAGAACCUGAGCAAGGAAAUCCGCAGCAAAGUAGACGCCGUUCUUCAAUCAGCUCUCUUCACCUCUGAUCAUUUACAGUCCUACAGAGAAGAAGUUUUGGUGUCAGAGGAUGAUGCUUGUGCCAAGAGGAGGCAUGCAGGAAAGGGCUUGCUUGGUCCUGUCAAAAAGAUUCUAUCAAAUGUUUGUGUCCAAGGAAACAGCGAUGAGGAACAGGUGUUAUUUUAUGCCGUUAAGUCCAACUCUCUUUCUCUGCUUUACAAAUUUGCUUUAGAUUCAUAUUGUAAAGGUGCAGAGAACAAGCUGGUGGGCUUUCAUCUCAUGACUAAGCUUGUUACUGCUUUGGGCUUAACAGAUGAGAUGAAUAUCGAGCAGACGUUCAAUGCCUCGAACUGGGGUCUCGCUUUGCUUGUCGUGGAAAACCUCCUCAACUCCUGUUUGGUCUCUGAUAUUUAUAAUGUGGCUGUAGACAAAAUCCAACAAAAGGAGGUGCAGUUUAAUUUCUACAGGAAACUCGCUCGCCUUUUAUUCAACAAUGCCCAGAUGGGCAUCCCAGCUUGGUACCGCUGUCUCAAAUCUCUCCUCACUCUGAAUCACCAUAUCCUGGAGCCAGAUUUAGAUGAACUUCUAUCAGCUGUGUGGGUUGAUGCGGAUGACACGGAACUACGUGUUAAGAAAGCCAGAGAAGCGCUCGUGUCUGCCACUUUGCAAACUUACGGCAAGCUCAGACAGCUGCCUAAACUUUUCGAAGAGUUGCUUGAUGUGAUCUGUCGGCCAGCAGUGGAUGAAUUAAGACCGACGCUGUUGCCCGACACUAUAGAGAAGUCCCUGAGUCAGUGUCUGCUAGACACCCCUCCGAGCCAAAAUCUUGAGAUCUGUUGGCUCGUUUUGAAAAGGAUGCAGAGUUAUCUGCUUCCCCACAUACAGGAGGAAAUGGGAGAUUUUGCACUGAAAACGUUUUCUGUGAGCUUGCUGCUUAAUGCUGUUCUGUUCAGUUUUAAGACUUUGGAUAACAGCACCCCGGUGCCGAUCGUGAAACAAACGCAGAAUCUAAUGGAGGAGAUGCUGAACGUUGUUAAAGAUCUUUUGAAAACGUUUGAGGAGAAGCUUGUCACUGAAGGUCCAUGGAGGGAACAGAUCCAAAACGUGACUCUUCUGCUUACUCACACUUGGGUGGAGGUGGAUACCCUCUUCCAGAUUCACUGUUUUAGAUACACAUCUCCAGGUGAUUCCCAAAGCGUCACCUCUAGUUUAGUGGAGAGAGCUCUGACACUAAAGAACGUAGAGGAUGAGGUCAUAAGUCCACUUGGUAAAGUGCUACAGAAACUCCUUGCUCUCCACAAGCUAAAGACACACAUGCUCAGAUCAUGUACGGUAUCAGAUGAAGAAACGGCAAACAAAAAGCCGCUUCUCCAGGAAACUGCUCAGUUUAUUGUAAGCAGUCAAGAAGUUUCAUUAACACCAAACACUGACCAGAUUUGGGACCUCCAGCUUUGUACUAUCAACGCCAACACGUACAUGACAGCGCAUUGGUUUCUUAUAACCUCAAACCUUCCAUUAAUCGCUCCUUAUCUUGAUCAGAAAGACAUUUUUGAUUUGGCCGACUGUGUAUUGUCAUCUUUGCUCCAGAGCUUUCAUCCCUCUGGAAACAAUUUGGAAAACACCGUGGUCUCUGUCUCCUUCAUAUGCAGAGAGUUAUUUGAAACUCAGGUUCUUUGUGAACUUCCUGAAAUGUACUCCGCGCUGAUAAAGUGCACCAUCAAAGCUUUUGUCGAACUUCUCGAAACUUCACAUGUGCAGUCGACCUGUCCUUCGCUUCUGAAACCUUGUGCUGAAAUAAGCAUGGAAGAAGAUGGAGAAACCAGCAUGACGCCGCCUCUAAAGCGUCUGAAAGCUAUCGGAGAGGAGAUUUUGGACUCGGUCAAAAUGAGAUCUUCAAUACGAAUAUCUGAAACGCAGAUGGAGCGUUUUCUAUCACUUCUCAAAGUCACGCAAAUCUUGAAUGGUUUCGCGAUGUCCUCUGAGGAUUAUUCAGAACUUUUUUUAAGCUUGUUCAUGAUGGCCAAUUGUGUCCAGUGUGAUGAAAGUGUCUCAGAUGCUACAGGAUUACUCGGAGAGCUUUUUAGUGUCAUGGCUACACUCCUAAAGGUAACAAACUCUACUACCAUCCUCAAAACCGUCCACGGAAGCAGUCUCCUAGAGGCGGUUAUGACUUCCCUGUUUACUCGAUGCAGUAAAGGCCUCUUUACGGGGGUGGACGGACCCACCUGGUUAUCGUUUCUUCAGUCGGUUCUAAACUUCAUUCAGUCCCUCAUCCAGCUCAUCAUCGACAGGAAGAGAAACAUGUGUCUCAAUCUAGAGAAAUUCACCUCUUUCAUGGUUGAGAGUAACAGCGUCGCGGGGGUCCUGUCUUGGGAUGCUGAGGAAUCAAAGGGGAAGAGCUGCUCAUUACAGCUCCAUCUGGUAACUUUAAGCACGCUCUGCAAAGAAGUCAUCGCUACUCUGGGCAAGAGCAAAGAUCUGGAUGAGACUCUAACUCAUUUGUUGGAAAAGGCCACAUCUGUUAUGGAGCCAGUCAUUCAGGCCGUGCUGACAAGACAGGGAAUCGGUCUCCUCGGGCAAUCCUUCUCUGUUGAAGUGGUAACAGUGAUGCUUAAGGGUGAACUAGCCAGGGUUUGUCACCUGGUUCAGAGCACCUCGGAGGAGGACAGGCGGGUGAAAAUAUCCCGCAUGUCAUUCUACCGGAGCUUUUUCCAGCAGAUCCUAAAGGAACUGCACCCGUCACCACGUCCGAUGAAUUUUCUUGUUUCCUCAGUCAACUAUCUCUCUGCGUUCUAUACGGCUGCAAAAAAGACCAAGUCAGAGGAUCUCGAUGAGCUCCAUGUUGAUAUUUUGCGGAGCAUCCAUGCACUGCUGUCAGGCUCUUGGAUGUCUUUGUCAGAAGUGAAGGAGUUGGAGGGAGCAGUAAAGGAGCUGCUUCAUGAGCUGUUGUCUGACUGUUCUGAAGAGCAGUUUCAUGUAAUACUGCUGAUGCUCAGAGAGAGUCUUGUGGUGUCAAAGGUUGAAGGAGGACACCACACUGAGAUUCUGUCAGCUGUGACUUUAACAAAGCUGCUCGCUUCCUGCUUGUUUCCAGAACAUUGCUCAAAGGCGUUUUGGCUCAUCACUCCACAAUUCAUAUCUACCCUCAUUUUUGUGCUAAAGGAGUCCAGCAAGCUUCCUCCUCUGACCCGUGCGCUGACGAUACCAACCCUGGAAACUCUGACCGUCCUGCUCCAUCACGGGGAGAAACACCUCUCAAAUCCACACCAUGUGAUCAUGGUGCUGGGUGCUCUGCAGUUUGUGCCUCUUGACAGCCAUUCAAUGGAAGAAUACCACGCUGCUUUUGAGGCCAUCCAUGAAGUCUUGUUUGCAAUCAUUUUGUACCCUCUGACAAUGCUGAAGGCUUUACCUGUUUUUCUGAAUUGCUUUUAUCGCCUGGUUUCAUCAAUCAUGUAUGAAGGCAGACAGAAAGGAGAGACUGACAAAGGCGGUGAGAAAGACCGAGAAAGUCUCCUAAAGUGUGCCAUGCUGGUGGAGAGGAUGUACACUCACAUUAGCAGUGUUUCUGAAGAUUUUACAGUCACGUCUUCAUUCAUGGUGGCACAGUAUGUCAUUGCACUACAGAGGGUGACACUUCAGACAGAAGUCAAGGCACGUCUGACAGAGGGUAUAUACUGCAUUCUGGACCGCUGUGCUGAGAAGGACAUCAAAUUUUUGAACACCACCCUUCAAAUGGGUGUUAAGGAAGUCUUCAAAGACCUGUACAGUAGCUACACACACUAUCAUAAAUCUCAAAGGCAAGGGGAAGAAAAGUAUACAGUCUGAUUGUACAAUUCCCAGUCUCCUCAGUGUAAACUGACUGUAUUCAGUCAUGUGGAAAUCUUUGUUAUUCUUUUACAGGCAAAUGUUUAAAAAAUCUCAACAAAUGUUAUAAAUGAGGAAAAAUAAGAUUUUUUUUGUUGGGAUCAUUUGCUUUUUUUUUUUUGUUCUUGACAAAUUAGGAAGUUAUUUAUGGCAAUAUUGCAUUUUAUAUCUUGGACAGACAUUCAAGUGCAUUCACCGUUUUUUGUGUUAACACAGUAAGAUUUUGUCUGACAGUGCUGUAAACCAAUCUACUUUGUAGAUUGUUUGUUGUUUGCUUGUAAUUAAAAGCUUAUAUUUACUUGUA